UCUACUUGUUGCUAAAGGAUACACUCAGACUCAUGGCCUUGAUUAUACUGAGACGUUUUCUCCUGUGGCCAAAUUGAAUUAUGUUUGUGUGAUAAUCUCUCUUGCAGCUAAUCUAGACUGGCCACUUCAUCAACUUGAUGUUAAAAAUGCCUUUUUGCAUGGUAACCUUACUGAGACAGUCUAUAUAACUUAACCACCUGGGUUUGAGCCUAAGAGGGAGUGUGUGUGCCAUCUCAAAAAGUCUAUCUAUGGCCUCAGACAGUCCCCUCGUGCAUGGUUUGAUAAGUUCAGUAAAGUAGUGGUAGCUCAUGGUAUAACUAGAAGCCAGGCUGAUCACUCUCUCUUUCUUAAGAAAACGAAACGUGGUAUUGUGAUUCUUAUGGUGUAUGUAGAUGAUAUCGUUAUCGCCGGCAGUGAUAAAGAUGGGAUACAAGUUUUAAUCCAUCACUUGAGUUCUAGCUUCCUUACUAAGGAUUUGGGCAAACUUUGGUAUUUUCUAGGAAUUGAGGUGGCUCGGUCGAAGCAAGGCAUUAGUCUUUCUCAAUGGAAGUAUACUCUUGAUCUCUUACAGGAUACUGGAUAUCUUGGUUCAAAACCUGUAGCUACACCCAUGGAGACUAAUGUAAAACUUAAGGUAGAUGAUGGUGACACACUCAAUGAUCCAGAGAUGUAUCGAAGACUUGUAGGUAAACUUAUUUACCUCACAAUCACUCGUCCAGACAUCUCCUAUGCAGUUAGUGUUGUAAGCCAAUUCAUGACCAGUCCUCAGGUACCUCACAUGGAGGCAGUUGUAAGCCUCUUGAAGUAUCUCAAGGGUGCUCCGGAACGUGGUCUGUUUUAUCGAUCUUCUGGACAUCUUCAGAUUGAGGGAUACGCAGAUGCAAAUUGGGCCGGUUCUCCUUCUGAUCGACGGUCCACCACGGGUUACUGCACCUUCAUAGGAGAAAAUCUAGUAACUUGGAGGAGUAAGAAACAGUCAGUUGUGGCUCGUUCCGGUGCUGAAGCAGAGUAUCGUGCCAUGGCACACACUGCUUGUGAACUUACUUGGUUGAAAACUCUUUUACAAGAACUUGGGAUUUCAGUUCAGUGCCCAAUUCCUCUCCAUUGUGACAAUCAGGCAGCUAUUCAUAUUGCUAGCAAUCUAGUCUGUCAUGAGAGGACUAAACACAUUGAAGUAGAUUGCCAUUUUAUUCAACCUAAAGUUGACUCGAAUGAGAUUGUUACACCUUUUGUUCCUUCUGGUAGGCAACUGGCAAACAUCUUCACUAAGGCGCUUCCCAAGAACUCUAUUGAUUCCAUAUGUAGCAAGCUGGGAGUUAUUGACAUUUACUCUCCAGCUUGA